GAGUGCAGAAGUUUAGUGGGGUAUCCGCAAAGCUUCCUUAUAGAAAUGUCCCGUAUAGUGUAAGUGAGGGCAAGAGUUGCAUGGGGGAUCUACUUUUUACACUUUGUAUGAACACUUUGUAUUUGUAACCCCACAGAUAAUGGGCACAGGUGCUUAAUUGAUUAUAUGGGUUUACUUCAUUUUACAGAUGAAAACGAGACAGAUGUGCGGUAGACUCGCAGUCUCCAGCGUUUUGAAGAGGAAACAUGCUGGCAGUGGUGGCAGAGUGUAGGCCUAUCUGGGAAUAUUAUUAAUGGAAUCUUCCCGUGCCCAUUCCAAAGUUCGACAGCUGCAUUUUCAUCAAAGGUGAUUACCACACAACUCCACCAGUCACUGCUAGUCAGUUUGGACCACCCAACACUUUGAACUAUGAUACCGGGCGGAGACGGCAGCACGAAAUAAAGCGGCACAUGCCAGCCUCCUCCAUCUCUGCCACUACCUCAUAAAGCGUAGUCCAGCAUCGCAGCUACACAAUGCCAUGUUAUAAGCUAAAAUCUCUAUCCCAUUCCCCUCUGGUUUUUUGUUUUGUUUGUUUUUUGUUUUUGUUUGUUUUUUUUGCAUACUGUCACAACGUCAUUGCUAUAGCAACCAAUACAGAAAUGCCAGAGAAUGAAGAUAGCCAAGGGGUACACAAAUCGGAUCUGAUCAGAUUGGAUUCCGAAUUGGAUAAACAAAAAAUCGGAUUUGGACUGACAGUCUGAACUGGUAAGUCUAAAAGUUACACUUGGCAGUCCUCAACAGUGACAAUAUAUCUUGUGUGCUGUCCUGAUUGAAGCCUGGCACGUCUGGCCCCACCUGGCUCCCUCCAAGUACUCUGGGUAGCUCAGAUAGAGCUACAGCAGCAAUGUCUUACACUGGAGCCGCCUUCUACAGACCACCCAAGAAAGUUCUACCUGACCAGAGGCCCAAAUAUAGUAUGUAUGACCAAAAUGGUGGACAAGGAGGAAAUGGUAUGCCUGUACGAUAUAUGGCCACUGGACCAUCAGGUGGAAAUAUGCAGCACCAGCAUCAAGAUGAUCGCUCAGGGCCUUCUAUCUAUCGCCCUCUGUCUCCCAACAUGGGAGAACGAUACUACACUUCAGGGCAAGGGCCCAAAGAGGACCACCACACCUGGAGCCCCCACAUCGCCAACCACGAGCUUCACAAUCGAGGAUCAGAGAAGCACAAAUCUACUAUUGAUGCAGAGAUAGACUCUCUUACAUGCAUGCUGGCUGACCUGGAUAGUCAUCCUCUGAACUCAAGUGCACAGGUAUAUGACAAUGUGCCUUACAGCAAGCACCUCCCCACUGACUGCUAUAAACCCCCCAACCAGAUGGUGGCGCCACCACUAAUCAGGCCCUCAAUGGGCUACCUCCCUCCACUCCAGAGCCAGUACCAACCCCGACCUUACACCUCAACACCUCAGGCAGACUAUACUUACCCCUCACCCUCCUCCUCCAUCCAUAAACCUUACCCGCAACCAGUGCCUGCCUCUUACACUACCGCCUCCACCCCCAAUGGCCCACGCUUUAGAGUACAUGUAAAAAGCGCCCAGCCGGUGACAUUCUCUCAGGGUGGGUGUCAAGCAGAGCAGGCGUACACACCGGCACCACCCUGUCAGCAUGCCUCUCACCCCCCUCAGCAAGAUAGGCCAUAUUAUGAGCCACAGGAACAGGGUUGGUACCCACCUCCACCUCCUCCUGCCCAGGAACCUUAUGGAGAUCCAGCUGCCUAUAAGGGGGUGUCAGGAAAUAUGUCAGGGGGGCGAGUCGGCCAGGGACCCACGUCAAAGAAGGGUCAAGACCAAGCAUCAGCAUAUGAACCUAAUAAGGGGUCAGCACCGAGGCCAGAAGAAGAGUUGGAUCAGCUCACUAAGAAGUUGGUGUAUGACAUGAAUCAUCCCCCUACUGAGGAAUAUUUUGGUAGGUGCGCUAGGUGUGGGGAUAAUGUUCUUGGAGAUGGCAGUGGCUGUAUUGCAAUGGAGCAAGUGUUUCAUGUGGAGUGUUUCACCUGUAUCACCUGCCAUGCCCGACUGAGAGGCCAGCCCUUCUAUGCACUAGACAGGAAGAGCUACUGCGAGAGCUGCUACAUAAGCACACUUGAGCGCUGUUCGAAAUGCUCUGAGCCUAUCCUAGACCGGAUCCUGAGGUCAAUGGGAAAGGCCUAUCACCCUCGCUGUUUCACAUGUGUGGUUUGCGGCCAUUGCCUGGAUGGAGUGCCUUUUACUGUGGAUGCCGCCACCCAGAUCCACUGUAUUGAAGAUUUCCACAGGAAGUUUGCCCCUCGCUGCUCAGUAUGUUGUCAGCCCAUAAUGCCAGAGCCAGGGCAGGAGGAGACGGUGAGGAUUGUUGCAAUGGAUCGCAGUUUCCAUGUGAACUGCUACGUAUGUGAGGAGUGUGGUCUUCUCCUCUCUUCAGAGGGUGAGGGAAGAGGCUGCUAUCCACUGGACGGACACGUUCUGUGCAAGAGCUGCAGCGCCCGCCGCAUCCAGGACCUCUCUGCCAAAAUCUCCACUGACUGCUAAUGGCCUCGUCCCAUCUCUUUGUACCCUUUCUCUACAUAAUGGUUAUUCUUCAGAAUGUACCACCAUCUAAAAGUUCACCACCUGGUACUUUUUCUAUCCUUUAGACAGUGAAAUGCUAAAUACUGAUGAUGUUCACACAAAUGAUUUCAAGACCUCCCUCUCAGGGUAGUAUUUUUUAAUAGGGAUAAAAAAAAAAGGGAAAACAGGUGGUGAAUGAAAUGUGAUGGUGCUUAUUGAUUGUGUAUAAUCCUGUGUGUGAAUGUUUAUACAAAAUGUGAGUCUUCUUAACAGGGUUAAUGUCAACAGGGCACAUUUCUACCUUUGGACAAACACUCACUGCCUUUAAGAGUCUUUAUCAUGGAUUGAUAGAAACAUUGUCCCCUCAACCAGAUGGUUCUCGGCUUUAACUCUGACUGUAGUGCCCCACUUCUGCUGGGCGUUGGUCACUUUACACUGUUCCCACUCACAAACUCUCUUCUUCAUUCUUUUAUACUCUCAGAAACACAGACUUCAUGUAUUCCUUUGCUCGCUGAGCAGAGAGCCUAAACUUAUUAUGAACGAUUUCAACACUUGAAAUGUAUGAUCAUGGUUGUUGAAGGAUAUUAUCACUCUAUGCCAUUUACUGACUUGAUGAUAAUAUAUCUAUGGUGAAAAGGUGGGGAAGUUUAACAUUGGCACCUGCUGUUGUCCCUCCAGCCAAAAUAAAUGGUGUAAAUGUUAAAGAUGCUCUUUUACACUGAUCUUGGGUCAGCUUUUCUCAUGCACCAUUACCUGUUUUAGAUUGGAAUAGAGGGUCAGUGUAUAUCAAGACCUGUUAAAUGAAGGAGAUCUCUUUACUAAGUUAUUAGUUCUAUCUGUAGAGCAUUGGGUGUGCAUUCAACUGAUCAUAAAUUAGUUGAUGUAAGUUUGAAACCUGGAUUGAGAAGCACUGCAAUGUGUUUGGCAGCAGAGUGAAUCGCUUUCAAGGGAGUUGGAGUAGAGAGUAGGGAUUUACAGCUACUAGGUUAGAUGAUUGAAAAAAAUUUGACUGUUUGCUUUAGAAUGUUUCUCAUGACAUCAAGGACUUUAGUUGCGGGAUUGUUAAAUCCUAAAUGUUUUUUUGACAAAGACUAACACAAAAUGAAUUAAAGUAAAAAGGCUACAAGAAGGUAAAGUAUGUGCUAGAGAAAUAUCUUUUUCCACAUAUCUGAUCAUAUUUUGUGUGAACAUUGUAUCUUGAGUUACUGACUGGAACGUUUUUUUU